AAUUCUUCUACGUCUCUCUCUCUGCAAUUACUCUUUGAGAGCAUCUCUCUCUAGAAUAUUGAGUAUUGCUGACUUAAGCGUCAGAGUAUUUUAUCUGAGGAAACAUCCUCGGGAUUUUCAGGUGUAGAAGCAGCUGAAGACUUCAACAGUGUUGGAUUGUGAAGUUACCCAAACAUUUGGCGCCGUCUGUGGGAACCUUGAAUAGGAAGUUGUGUAGCUUAACUUGCUGAAAGAUAAGAUGGUUCAUACUUUUACCAGAAGUCGCCCCCCCGGGAAUGAAAUGGACGAACAGGUGGAUACUCAACUAUCAGGGCCCGGCUUGAAUGAUUUUAGGCCAAUGCCAAGAAACCUUUUCGUCGGAGGAGCAGAAUAGGACCAACUAAGUGAAACAGAUGAUGAUGAAAGAACACCAACUGGGCAUGCAACCCAGCCUGAACAAUUUCAAAUUCCAACAGGAACAAGGCAUAGACAUCCCAGACAAGGCAAUGCACAACAUGAACAACCUUAAAGGUCAACAGAGCUUGCUCGAACAACCGAGCUUGAAGAGAGAACCAGGGGAUGCACAGCCAGCUGCAGUAGUUGCAACCCGUAACUCCUCGGCCCUAAGUAAUGUGGUGGUCCCAACUAGACCAAGGGGGAGUGGGAGGUUAAACCCCGAACCCAGCUCAUCUAGGCAUAAUGAAGAACUGAUAAAGAAAAACACUGACCUUGAAAGGCAACUCAAGGAUGUACAGAAAUCCAUUGACGAGUUGAAAAGUCCCAAGUCACACCAACAGACCCUUGACUUGGAUAGUGCCCCACUAAACCUAUCCAUCACUGCAGAACCAUACCAAGAGGGAUUCAAAAUCCCCCACCUGGAAACAUAUGACGGCUCGGGUGACCCAGACGAGCACCUGCAUACCUAUCAGGCCAUCACAAGAAUCCAAAAUGCCAAUGACGCCAUGAUGUGCAAAGUGUUCCCAGCGACACUGAAGGAGAUUAUACGUACAGCGACCGAACUAAUGCAGGUUCAUCAGAAAGAGGGAGAAUCUUUGAGGGACUACAUGCAACGAUUCAACAAAACUACUUUGGACAUUGACAACGUCCCCGAUACCAUCUGCUUACCUGCCUUGCUGCAUGGUUUGAAGUCUGGCCGGUUUCUAGACGACCUACUAGAGAAUCCACCUAAGUCGUGGAAUGAAGUAAAUGACAGGUCAGCAAGCUUUAUACUGUCCGAAGAUUUUCAAUCUUCCAAGAGACGAGUUAAUGAUAGACAGGGUAAAGAGCCCAAGCAGCCUGAAGGCAGAGACGACAAGAAAAAACAGAAGAUCCCAAAUAUUGACGCAGAUACAGCAUUGGGUCAAGAGACCCCCUCCCUAACGCACGAUCCUUCACGAGCUGACAGAAGCAAAUAUUGUGACUACCACCGUGGAUACGGCCAUAACACAGAAGACUGUCAGAGCCUGAAGAACGAGCUUGAAUUCUUAGCUCACAAUGGAAAAUGGGAGGGGUAUGUACAGAAGCCUUACGUUUGGCAACCCACCCAGACCCAUUUUGUGCAAGAGUACGGCCGAUCUCAAGCAUCGGGAUAUCAGUUCGAUAACAAUCCAAAUCUUUACCAGGCGGGUCAAUACUCAUCUGAGCUGAACAAAGCAUACAGGGGACGCCCAUUCAAUAGGCGCGGGCAAGCACAGAAAGGAUCCGCGCAAAAUCAAAAGGACCACAAAGGGGUUGGAUACAAUGGGAUACCCUCGCCAUUUGGCACAAUCAACAUGAUCUCUGGCGAUUAUAAGUGGGCAGACGGAGAGCCUGACAUUAUGAUGCCUCAUGCAGAUCCUUUUGUGGCAACAGUCCAUAUAGGCAAUCAUAACGUCAACAAGGUCUUCAUUGAUACUGGUAGCUCACCAGAUAUCCUUUAUUGGAGCUGCCUUCAGAAGAUGCAGUUAAAUCCGAGCUCGCUACAGAAGUAUGAGGGGCCCAUCUACGGAUUCAAUAAUCAACCCGUCCCGGUUGAAGGAGUCAUUACUCUACCUAUCUAUAUGGGCUCGAAACCGCGCUUCAGGAUGGCUUCCAUUACCUUUUUGGUCGUCAAGAUGGAAUUAGCUUUCAAUGCUAUACUGGGAAGAGCCACACUCUGCGAGCUGAAGGUUGUCAUCUCACAACCCCAUUUCUGUAUGAAAUUCCCAACUCCUCAGGGGGUAGGAGUGCUUAAGGGGAACCAGAAGAUGGCCAGAGCCUGCUACCAAGAUACUUUCAAGAAGGUUGAGCUCGCUGCGGCCCCAACAGGUUCUUCUGAAAAUCACAGGCCAACCCAGCUUGGUCAACAGACAAUGAGCAUAUCAGAUAUCGAACAUCGACCUGAAGGUGUCGAACAGAAGGUUGAGCCAGUUGAACCGGUGGAAACGGUCCCUUUAAACCCUGAUGUGCCAGAAAGAACAGUUAAGAUCGGCACCAAGCUCACAAAAGAAGAGCGAGCAGAGCUUCUAGAGUUUUUAAGGGUUAACCAAGAUGUGUUUGUGUGGACAACAGAUGAAAUGCCUGGCAUCCCAGCAGAGUUGACCGCCCAUAAGCUCAGGACGGACAUCACCAAAAGGCCAGUGGUUCAGAAGCGUUGCCUUUUUGGCCCUGAGAAGCAAGCUGCCAUAGAUGAAGAGAUACAAAAAUUAGUACAGGCAGGCUUCAUCAGGAGAGUAGAAUACUCUGAGUGGGCGUGUCCAAAAGACCCUCAUCCCUUGCCAAAUGUGGAGAAGCUGGUAGAGCGGGCAGCUGGGCAUGAGCGGAUGAGCUUCCUUGACGCUAGCUCAAGGUAUCACCAGGUUCAGUUGCUGUUGGACGACCAGGAGAAAAUAGCUUUUGAUGCUGGUGACACAAUCUACUACUAUGUCAUGAUGCCGUUUGGCCUGAAAAAUGCUGGCACAACAUAUCAGAAGCUGGUGCAAAUUAUCUUUAAGCUCCAGAUCGGUAGGAACAUAGAAGUAUAUGUGGACAACAUGAUAGUCACCAGUGUGCGAGCUGAGGAUCACAUAGACAACCUGAGCGAAACAUUUCAAAACCUGCAUAGAGCCCAAACGAAGCUGAAUCCCCUAAAAUGCACAUUUGCUGUAGAAUCAGGAAAAUUCCUAGGGUUCAUAGCCAGGUCCGCAGAAAGGUGUCUCCCAUUUUUUAAAGCCCUGAGAGAGCCCAAGAAUUUUCAGUGGACAGAUGAAUGUCAGCAGGCGUUUGACGAGCUCAAACAAUAUCUGGCAUCAGCACCCCUGUUGUCUAAACCUGUGGAGGGGGAGAGUUUAUACCUGUAUCUGGGGGUCAUAGAGGAGGUAGUAAGUUCGGUUUUACUUAGGGAAGAAAACAAACAUCAGAAGCCUAUCUGCUAUGUGAGCAAGGUUUUACAAGGCGCAGAGCAGAACUACCCAUUAGCAGAAAAGGCUACUUUUGCCCUAGUAUACAUCGCUCGUAAGUUGAGAGCUUACUUCCAAUCCCAUCAAAUUGUUGUUUAUACCGAUCUGCAGUUGAGAAAGAUACUACAGAAACCGGAACUCUCUGGUCGGCUUAUCGGGUGGAGCGUCGAGCUAAGAUCGGGUGUUGGGGCUGUGUUAGUGGGCCCGGAUGGCUUUAAAUCCGAGCAUGCAUUAAGAUUUAAGUUUCAGACCACUAAUAAUGCUGCGGAAUAUGAAGCCCUCAUUUAUGGCUUGAAGCUGGCGUCUGAGCUGAAAGCGCAGAGCAUUAAGGUGUUCAGUGAUUCUCAGCUCGUGGUGGGCCAAGUGAAUAGCAGCUGUGAAAUCAAAGAUCCUCAGCUUGGUCGUUAUGCCUCUGUGGUACUUGAUGCGCCGAGCUACACCGACUUCACAAUCGAGUGCCAAUUAUUAAGCGCAGACCCCUCUUCGCCGAGCUGGACUACACCCCUUAUUGAGUAUCUGCGAACUGGCAAGCUGCCUAGAGAUCUAUCCGCUGCAAAGUUGAUUAAAUGCAGGACGACACAUUUCACUUUGUUGGAUAAUCAGCUUUACAAACGAGCAGCCUCAAUGCCCCUAUUACGUUGCCUUAGUCUUUAUGAAGCUAAAUAUGCUAUGAGGGAAGUUCAUGAAGGAGACGCACAGAACUAUGUCAAAAAGUGCCCGACCUGCCAGUUCAAUGCCGAUGAUAUUCACAUGCCAGGAGAAAUGCUCUCAUCACUCUUAUCUCCCUGGCCUUUUGCUCAGUGGGGAGUCGAUUUGCUCGGCCCUUUUGUUGAAGGCAAAGGAGGUUGCACCUACCUCAUUAUCGCGGUGGAUUACUUCACCAAAUGGAUAGAAGCCAAACCCUUAUCCACGACAAUAGAGAAGAAAAUAGAGGAAUUUCUGUUCAAUUCAAUAUUAUGUAGAUAUUCUUUGUUCCAAGCCGCGGCACUGAGGUCGUUUUGUAACGACUAUGGCAUUGAGCUCGCUUUGACAUCUGUGUAUACUCCACAGUCUAAUGGACAACCCGAAUCCGCUAAUAAAAUCGUCUUGCGAGGCCUCAAGACGCGUGUUUUAGCUACGCAUUCUAAUUGGGUUGACAAGCUCAAUAAAGUGCUUUGGUCAUGCCGCACUACGCCCAACUUGGCGACAGGCGAAACCGCAUUCAGCCUCGCCUAUGGAGCUGAGGCUAUCAUCCCUGUAGAAGUCGGAUUGCCAUCUGAUAGAGCAGAUCGGCACAAUGACCAUCGCAAUGAGCAACUUUUAAGAGAGAACCUAAACCUCGUGGAAGAGGUUAGAGAGAUGUCUCAAAUAAGAAACAUGGCGCAUCAAAGUCGUGUUGCAAAAUUUUAUAAUAAAAGAGUUCAAGCUCGUCAGUUUUAGGUCAGUGAUCUGAUUUUAUGCAAAGCGGGACUAACCAAUGCUUAUUCGCACAUGGGCAAGCUCGCUCCUAAUUGGGAAGGUCCUUACAUGGUUAUUUGUAUUAAGCGACCUGGGUGUUAUCAAUUAGCAAAUUUACAAGGUCUCCCAUUACCAUUCAUUUGGAACAUACAUAACCUUAGAAAGUUUUACAGUUAACAUCUCGAUGUUGUUAUCUUAAUUCAAGUUAUUGUCAAAUAAAUGUAAGGGACAAUA